ACGGGCCAAUGGCCCAGAUACAAGCUUAUCGUCUUCUCGAAGCAACCAUUGUCGUCGCAUCCUUGAUCAAAAUCCGAAACACUAUUUCACCUCUUCACCAGAGUCUUCCGAUCAAACACACUCUUAUCAUUUCGCCGAUUCAGAUUCCUCUUCAGUAAACCAGACUCAAAUUCGAUGAACACAUCGCAGUUUAUGGACAAACAGAUCAUGGAUCUAUCCAAUUCUCACAACAAAAACACUGCAGAAACAGCUUUUAUGGAUCUAAACAUUCAUCCUCAUCAAGAGGACCAUGACGUCACCGAUGGCGUCGAUAAGAAGGAUGAGAUCUUACCUAACUAUGAUUUUCAGCCGAUUCGUCCGAUCGUCUCAUCUCAGCCGUCCAAUUUUGAUUCCGGUAAUAUCAGUGGAGCUAGGGUUUGGUCAUCAGCUGAAUUUGAGCCUAAUUUUGGCACUCGAAACUAUCGUUCUCUUGAUUCUGUUGAACCAUCUAAGGUGGCGGUGGAGAAGGAUCGAACUGUUCUAGAUGCGGCUUUGAUAUCGGAAAUUGAUAGGACAAUGAAAAAACAUGCUGAUAAUCUGCUGCAUGCGUUAGAAGGUGUUAGCGCACGCCUUUCGCAACUGGAAACGAGAUCUAGAAACCUGGAGAAUUCGGUGGAUGAUUUGAGAACAUCUGUUGGUAACAAUCAUGGUAAUACUGAUGGCAAGUUAAGGCAGAUUGAGAACAUGAUUAGAGAUGUACAAUCUGGUGUACAAGUUGUAAAAGACAAGCAAGAAAUACUCGAGGCUCAGCUGCAGCUAUCACAAGUGAAAAUUUCCAAGCCUGAGAAGCAGCCGGAACCCCCGAUUGUCGGACAUAUGGAAUCUUUGCACCAGCAGGCUGCAGCGGCAUCGGCUCCGCUGCAGUCUCAUCAGCAGCUUCCUCCUGCCGCUCAUCCUCAGCCUCUCCCGGCUGCUCUCCCUAACCCCCCACCACCUUCCAACCCACAGUCAAACCAAUUUUCGUACUACGCGCCACCUGGUCAAACGGCAGAAGCACCACCACCACCACAGCCACCUCAGCAGUACCAGAUGCCGCCACCUCAACACCUUCAGCCGCCUAUGGCAUCGCCACCGUCACCACGACCACAAUAUCAACCACCCGCUCAAAUCCAAUAUUCUCAACCACCUCCCAUGUCUCUGCAACAGCCGAAUCCCUCUCAAAGCCAACCUCCGAACCACCUUUCGGAAGAUUUGGCUUAUUUAGCAUCCCAGAGUUAUCCUCCGAGUGCGCGCCAGCCUGGUGGCGGCCCUCCUGCACAGCAGUUUCAUGGGAACCCGUCUCAGAUGUACGAACCGCCACCAUCCGUUAGGACUGGUCCAGGAUUUGCUAGCCAGUAUGGACCGUCAGCUGCGUUUGGAGAAUCUUACGGUUAUGGUGGCUCUCAGUAUGGAAGUGGAUCACCUGUAAAAUCUCAGCAACAUUCUGCGUCUAAUAUGGGUCCUGGUGGCGGAAGCGGCUACCCACAACUCCCUACUGCCAGGUUGUUACCGCAAGCCCUUCCCACUGCAACCGCGGUUGGUGGUGGUGGAUCUAGUUCUGGUUCUGGCUCAGGGAACAGGGUACCGAUUGAUGAUGUGGUUGAUAAGGUGACCAAUAUGGGAUUCCCGAGAGAUCAAGUGCGGGCGACAGUAAGGAAGUUGACUGAAAAUAAUCAGGCGGUUGACCUGAAUAUAGUGUUGGACAAGUUGAUGACUGAUGGGGUGGAGAGCCAAAACCCGAGGCAAUGGUUUGGUCGUUAACUUGAUCUUUCUUACUUGGUUUCAUACUUUUAUGGUUUUAAUUUGUGAUUAUGUACAUAAUCUGGACCACUCGGCAUGAGGACGUUAUAUGGUUUGAUUUCUGGCUCGUUUAAUGCUCUGGAUUAUAAUUUUAAAGUUUCCUGCCUCGUUUCAUAAUGAUAGUGUAAACCCUUUCUGGAAAAUCAGAAGCUGCUACUAUGAAAGAAACAGAGUAAUGAUAAUUUGCUUGAAAA